AAUGUCUGAAUGCUCAUUAAAAUCAAAAAGAAUAUUUACUCCUAAAAAGCUGGAACAGCGAGAUGCAAAAUCCUGAGCCUUCAAAGCCAGCUCCUGCAGAAGAGAAAGGGCCUGGCAGCUGAGCUGGAUGCUUCAGGAGCAGAGGAUCUAUCAACUGCAGACCAAGCAUAGGGAGACGCAGGCAGACCUGGAACAGAAACCCAGCCAGCUCCAGCCGCUCCGAAAGAACUUGGUAGCCAGACAUUCGGCAGCAGGAAGCACGCCACGGGCCACGAGGCAGGAAAUGACCCAAUCCUUGAGGUCUGAUAAAGAAAACAAAGACUGAACUAGGAGAGACCGAAAUGGAGGCACAGACUUUCAAGCCCAGGCUUUCACAAAGAUUGCUGACUGCAUGAGUAAGAAGGUAGAGGAGGCAGCAUAAAAGAUGUCAUCGCUGAAGCCAGAAACCUGACCAGGGAGAUGCGUGUUCUGUAUUCAGCCGAGAAGACACCAAGCAUGGAAGUAGCCUCUGCACCCUAGACUCUGUGUCUCCCUACAUCCCUAACACAAGAUAUUCUUCAGAUAUGCCACUGACAGUAAGGAGAACAGGUCUGGUUUAAAGUAUGGGCACACAGGAGGCAGGAAAUGACUCCAGGAGAAACUUCUGUUUAUAGCAUAAUCGGAGCUUCCUCAGAAGAUGAAAGAGAGUCAGCAGACCCAAAGCUUGCAGUAAGAGGAAGAUGCAGUCUAUGCAGCCUGAUGACCAGGACACAGACAUCUCAGUACACCCAGCUGGGAGAGAAGACCAUGACCAUGGACCAGAAGCCACCCCUAAUGCCAGGAUGCAACCUAGGACCCCAGAACUUAAGCACACUCUGGAGAGACCUUAAAUAGCCAUCACCAAGAAAAAGCCUGUUGGAAAAGCAGAUGGCAGAACUUUUGAAUUCAAAAAGAGCAGUUCCCUGGGCAGAUGCAACAGAAUUGGAGAUGCUGAUGGAGAACAGGAGGCCCAAGGAAGUGAAAGUCUCAACAAAGUUGGAGGAGACAGCAGCAUAGAAGAUGCAGAAUAAGGGUUUGAGAAGAGAGAAGACAUUCAAGUCCUGGGCCCAGAGACCAGUAUCCACGGAUCAGGUUUAUAACAAAGUUCAGAAAAUGCUAAAGCUUAAAGGAGAAUUGAGAGGUGCCAAGGAAAUGAAAGACGAGGCGGGAGAGAGAGACAGAGAAGUGAGCAGCCUGAGCAGCAAGCUCUUGAGCCUGCAAGCUGACAUCAAGAAUCUACACAAUGUCUGCAAGAGACAGGGGAAGGCCUUGCAGGAGAAUCAGCUUUGUGCGGAGGACGUGAUGAUGAACAGCAGCCACAAUAAGAAGCAAGCAUUAGCAUUCGAGAAGUCACACAUGGAAUUUGAACCUAGUAAACAGUGUCAUCUGAGACAACUCCAGCAACUCAAGAAAAAGUUGCUGGCCCUUCAGCAAGAACUGGAGUUCCGCACAGAAGAGUUACAGACCUCUUACUGUUCCCUCCUGCAGUAUCAGUCCGUCCUGGAGAAGCAGACUUCCGACCUGGUUAUUCUCCACCAUCACUGCAAAAUGAAAGAAGAUGAGGUGAUUCUCUAUGAGGAAGAAAUGGGAAAUCAUAAUGAGGACACAGGGGAAAAGCUCCAUCUGGCACAGGAGCAACUCGCCUUAGCUGGGGACAAGAUCAUCUCCCUAGAAAGGAGCUUAAACCUCUACAGGGAUAAAUACCAGACUUCCCUGAGCAACAUCGAGUUACUGGAGUGCCAAGUGAAGAUGUUGGAGGGGGAGCUCAGCGGGAUCGUCGGUCAGGAGCCCGAGAACAAGGGUGAUCAUUCAAAAGUGCGUAUAUACACUUCUCCUUGCAUGAUUCAAGAGCAUCAGGAGACCCUGAAACGACUAUCUGAAGUCUGGCAAAAGGUCUCUGAACAGGAUGAUCUAAUACAGGAACUUCGAAAUAAGCUAGCCUGCAGUAAUGCUUUGGUUCUGGAGCGUGAAGAGGCUUUGAUAAAAUUACAAGCAGACUUUGCUUCCUAUACAGCCACCCACCGACAUCCCCCUAGCUCCUCAGAAGACUGUGAAGAUAUCAAAAAGAUACUGAAGCACUUGCAAGAGCAGAAAGACAGCCAGUGCCUGCAUGUAGAGGAGUACCAGAACCUCGUGAAGGAUUUGCGCAUGGAGCUAGAAGCAGUGUCGGAACAGAAGAAGAACAUCAUGAAGGACAUGAUGAAGCUGGAGCUGGACCUGCACGGGCUGCGUGAGGAGACUUCCGCCCACUUGGAGAGGAAGGAGAAGGAGGUCACCAUCCUGCAACGGCGGCUGCAGGAGCUGCAGAUGCAGUUCACUGAGACCCAAAAGCUUAGCUUGAAGAAAGACAAGCUCCUCCAAGAGAAAGACGAAAUGCUGCAUGAGCUGGAGAAGGAACUGGCACAGGUUCAGAACAGCCUCGUAAAAAAGGAGAUGGAGCUAGAGAAACAGCAACGCAUGACAAAUGAACUGGAAGUCGCCAUCCAGGAGGCGAGGCAGGAUAAGUGCAUGGCGGAGUGUGGGCCGCUGCGAGCUGAGAUUAAGAAGCUGAAGGACAGUCUGGAAGAUGCCAAACAUCAGCAGAAGCUGGCUGCUCAGCAAGCAGCCCAAUAUAAAGAAGAGGCCCUUCUGGCAAAGAAUAACCUGGAGGAUACACAGAGGAAACUGCAAAGCUGCCUUAGUCUGGAGAAGCAGAAGACAGAGACCAUCCAGGAACUCCAGAGAGAACUUCAGAAGCUGCAGAAGGAUUCCUUGAUGGCUGGAGAGGAACUCGCACCCAGCAGGAAACGGAUAGAAGAGCUGACAUCAGAACUCUAUGAGGCCUUGAGGAAGGUUGAAAACUCAGAAAAGGAAAAGAAGCAGCUUCAGAAGACAGUGGCUGAGCAGGAUAUAAAACUGAAUGACCUACUAGAUCGUAUAAAUCUCAUUCAACACCAGAACAGGGAACAAGCUGCCUCCAAAAUCAAUCUAGAAGAACAGCUUCAGGAGAUAACCAGGUUGCUGGAGGAGAAACGGGAGCAGCUGAAAAAGAGCAAAGAACAGGAGGUUUUACUGGAGCAAGAGCUUGAGACAUUUCAACAGGAAGAGAAAAAGAAAGAAAAGAUGUCAAAGGAGAAUCUGAGAAAGCUGGAGGAGGAAAAUGAGAAUCUCAAAUCACAGUUAAAUCAAUGUUCUACACACCUGGAUUCCGCUCUCAGCAAACAAACCACCACCCAGCAAAUCAACCAAGAGCUAAAUAAUAAGAUAGCUUCUCAGAAGGAGACCUUAGAGAGUCUGCAGAGUCAGCUGGACAAGGCUGUGCAGAAAGAGAAGCAAUGCUACCAGACCAUGGUCAGUAAAGACGUCUAUGAGGAGUUAUCCCGGAAGUCCGCCGCCUGCCAAGAUGACCUAACGCAAGCCCUGGAGAAGCUCAAUCAUGCGACCUCAGAGACAAAGAGUCUGCACAGAAGCUUGGCACAGGCUCAAGACAGGAAAAUGCAGCUGGAAGAGGAAAUCAUUGCUUAUGAGGAGAGGAUGAAAAAGCUCAACAUGGAAUUAAAAAAACUGCAGGGCUUCCAGCAGCAGAGUGAGCUAGAGGUGCAGGCCUUCGACAAGAAGCUGGAGGAUAUGAGCAACCAGGUAUUGCAGUGGCAGAAGCAGCACCAGAGCGACCUCAAGAUGCUAGCCGCUAAAGAGGAGCAGCUCAGGGCGUUCCAGGAGGAAAUGUGCGCCUUGAAAGAGAACCUCCUUGCGGAUGAGAAGGAGCCCUGUUGCCUGCCCCAGCGGUCUGUGCCCAAAGACAACUGUAGGCUACACCGAGAGAAUGAUCAGAUUAUGUGCAACAUGGAGCAGUGGGCAAAAGAGCAGAAGAUCGCCAAUGAGAAACUAGGAAACAAGCUGCGUGAACAGGUCAAAUAUAUUGCCAAGCUGACUGGUGAAAAGGACCACCUCCACAAUGUAAUGGUCCACCUGCAGCAGGAGAACAAGAAACUGAAGAAUGAAAUAGAGGAGAAGAAGCUGAAAGCCGGGUCCUCAAGAGUGCACACCAAAGCUCUGUGCCCGAGCAAAACAGACUCCACGUCAAGGGGGAAAGUGUAUGGCACCUUGGGCUGGAGGGGGAUAACCCAGGAUGUGAGCCAAAGAAUGGACAUCACCAAGUUUUGGGGGGUACCCCACUGCUCAGGACAGGUAGACACCUUCUCCUAGUCCUUCAACCCAGGGCCGAAAUCAGAAGCCUUCGCAGGCAAGCAGCCGGAAGCCCUCUCUUCACUCCAGAGCCGUGAAAAGUCACUUUCUACCUGCAUUCCCAAUAAAGGCGA